AUGAUUUCAACUAAGAUUCUCAGACCUUCAGUUUCAAUUUUUGGAAUUGCAAUAACGUGCUCAAUGUCGUCUCGUGCUCCGCCAAAGGCUCUUCUCCAAGAUAUGGUGGUCCCACCACGUCAACUGUUUGGACCGGGGCCUUCAAAUAUGGCUGAUUCGAUUGCUGAAACUCAAUCUAAAAACUUGUUGGGUCAUUUGCAUCCAGAGUUUGUGCAGAUUAUGGGGGAUGUUCGUCUUGGUCUACAAUAUAUUUUCAAAACGGAAAAUAAGUACACUUUUGCUGUCAGCGGAACUGGUAAUUAUUGGAGAAAGAAGGUUAUAUCACUAUUCGGAGUUUCAGGUCAUUCCGGAAUGGAGUGUGCUAUGGUUAAUCUUCUGGAGCCAGGAGACAAGUUCUUAGUUGUUGAAAUCGGACUGUGGGGCCAAAGGGCAGCUGACCUGGCCAACCGAAUGGGAAUCGAAGUGAAGAAGAUUAGUGCUCCACACGGAAAAGCAGUCCCUGUUGAGGAUAUCCAGAAGGCCAUCGCUGAAUACAAACCGAAUUUGGUAUUCGUUUGUCAAGGAGACAGUUCCACUGGCGUUGCUCAGCCAUUGGAAACCAUCGGAGACGCUUGUAGAGAACAUGGUGCAUUGUUCCUUGUGGAUACUGUCGCCUCGCUCGGUGGAACUCCAUUCGACGCAGAUGCCCUGAAAGUGGAUUGCGUCUAUUCAGCAACACAGAAAGUUCUCAACGCUCCUCCAGGUCUUGCCGAAAAAAUCCGGAAUCGAAAACAACGCGUCGCCUCGUUCUACUUCGACGCAUUGGAAUUGGGCAACUAUUGGGGUUGUGAUGGAGAAUUGAAAAGAUAUCAUCAUACUGCUCCAAUCUCCACUGUCUAUGCUCUUCGUGCUGCACUUUCGGCGAUUGCAAAGGAAGGAAUUGAUGAGUCAGUUCAGAGACAUAAGGAUAAUGCUCAAGUAUUGUAUGCUGCGUUGAAGAAUCACGGCUUGGAGCCAUUUGUGGAGGAUGAGAAGUUGAGAUUGCCAUGUUUGACAACAGUCAAGGUUCCAGAAAGAAUUGACUGGAAGGAUGUUGCUGGAAAAAUGCUUAUUAAUGGAGUUGAGAUCGCUGGUGGUCUGGGUGCCACAGUUGGUAAAAUCUGGAGAAUCGGAACAUUUGGAAUCAAUUCCAACAAGACCAAGAUCGAAAAUGUCGUUGAGUUGCUCUCGAAGUCUAUCAAUGAAACAAGGUCUAAACUUUAA